AAAUUACUUGGAUGCCCGUCUAUAUAUGUCGUCGCUUUCCCAGCCGCGAUCGUCUACGGAUUUCCCAAGCCCGGAGCUCUAAACAGUCUACCCACCUCAAUCUCCACCGACCCGCCACCCAAUCUUUCUCCGAGAGGGUUUGAUCAAUGGCGGAGGAAAAGUUGAAUACGGAAGUUUCCGUUGAAGAAAAUGGGGCUGCGGAGCCUGUGAAUGGCAAUGAAGAGGCCUCUGAGCCUUCUUCGACCUUGGAAAAAGAUGAAGACGAGGGGAAAAAAGAGGAAGAAGAGGGAAAAGAAGUUACCAAGAAAAAAAAGAAGAAAAGUAAAAGCAAGAAGAAGAAAGAAGUACCAGAGCAAACUGAUCCACCAUCCAUUCCUGUUAUUGACCUUUUCCCUUCUGGCGAGUUUCCUGAGGGUGAGAUUCAGCAGUACAAAGAUGAUAACCUAUGGAGGACUACAUCUGAAGAGAAGAGGGAGUUGGAGCGCCUCGAAAAACCAAUAUAUAAUUCAAUUCGCCGAGCAGCUGAAGUUCAUCGUCAGGUUCGAAAGUACAUCAAAGGUAUUCUGAAGCCUGGAAUGUUGAUGACAGACCUAUGUGAGACAUUGGAGAACACAGUCCGUAAGCUGAUAUCGGAGAAUGGUCUAGAAGCAGGCAUUGCAUUCCCUACAGGGUGCUCUCUGAACUGGGUUGCUGCUCAUUGGACCCCAAAUACAGGAGAUAAGACUGUGCUUCAGUAUGAUGAUGUGAUGAAGUUAGAUUUUGGAACUCAUAUUGAUGGAAAUAUAGUCGACUGUGCUUUUACAGUUGCAUUCAAUCCUAUGUUCGAUCCACUGCUUGAAGCCUCUCGUGAAGCAACCAAUACAGGUAUCAAGGAAUCUGGAAUUGAUGUACGACUUUGUGAUGUUGGUGCUGCAAUUCAAGAGGUCAUGGAAUCAUAUGAAGUUGAAAUUAAUGGAAAGGUGUAUCAAGUUAAGAGCAUUCGAAACUUGAAUGGACAUAGCAUUGGGCGCUAUCAGAUCCAUGCUGGGAAAUCUGUCCCUAUAGUGAAAGGAGGGGAGCAGACAAAAAUGGAAGAGGGUGAACUUUUCGCAAUUGAAACGUUUGGAUCAACUGGAAAAGGAUAUGUCAGAGAAGAUCUAGAGUGCAGUCAUUACAUGAAAAAUUUUGAAGUUGGUCAUAUCCCUUUGAGGUUGCCAAGGGCAAAGCAACUGUUAGCUACAAUUAACAAGAACUUCUCCACAUUGGCCUUCUGCAGACGGUAUUUAGACCGCCUGGGGGAGACUAAAUACCUUAUGGCACUAAAGAAUUUAUGCGAUGCUGGCAUUGUUCAGCCAUAUCCUCCUCUCUGUGAUGUUAAGGGCAGCUAUGUAUCUCAGUUCGAGCAUACCAUCUUACUCCGGCCAACCUGCAAAGAAGUCAUAUCCAGAGGUGAUGACUAUUGAAUUUUGGCACCGAGUACAGUACCUUUGUGGAGAUCUGUUUAGUCUGUAAAUUUUUUUAUUAUUGUUUUUAUGGUGGAUUUGGUUUAAUAUUGUGAUAUUUGGGGUGGACUCGCAAGAGGAGCAAAAUUUUCUUCCCCAUUUUAGCUAAUUAAUGUAUUAUUUAGGAGCCUCUUAGUUGCUGGUUUUUAUCCAUCUCGGCCAAUUGCUUUACAACAAAUUUGCAAUGGUGGUAUAUACAUUUGCUUGGUUUUUACCUCUUCAACAAGAAUUUGGUUUUUUCGGCCA